AUGAGUUCUGUCAUGCCAGUAGAACGUGGGACUUCUCACUCUACAUCUUAUAGAAUGUUCCUCACUCAUGGCGAGUCUCCUAUUUCAUGUUUUCAUGAUGUCCCAUUGUUAUCGGAUACAAAUAACUAUUACAAUAUGAUAGUUGAGAUACCUCGCUGGACAAAUGCGAAAAUGGAAAUUUGCAAAGAAGAACUUAUGAAUCCUAUCAAACAAGAUGUCAAAAAUAAUAAACUGCGCUAUGUAAAUAAUGUAUUUCCACAUAAAGGUUAUAUCUGGAAUUAUGGUGCCCUACCUCAAACAUGGGAAGAUCCAAACCAUGUAGAUGAAAAUACUAAGGCUAAAGGGGAUAACGAUCCUAUUGAUGUGUGUGAAAUAGGUUCGAAAGUAUGGCCUUCCGGUUCAAUAAUACCUGUCAAAGUAUUAGGCAUAUUGGCAAUGAUAGAUGAAGGUGAAACUGACUGGAAAGUUAUAGUUAUAAAUCCAGACGAUCCAAUGGCUGAUAAACUAAAUGACAUUCAUGAUGUGGAUACUCAUAUGCCGGGACUUCUGAAGGCUACACGAGACUGGUUUAAGUACUACAAAGUUCCUACAGGAAAGCCCGAAAACACAUUUGCCUUCAAUGGAGAGUUCAAGAACAAAGAAUUCGCCACAAAAAUUAUCUCCCAAACACAUGAACAGUGGCAGAAACUGAUAUCUACCAAAGUUGAAGCUGGUUCUAUCAUACGAGCAAAUGUUACUGUGAAAGGAAGUCCCUACAUGGUAUCAAAAGAAGAUUUUCUCGACGCUUUGCAGAAGCACGACGCUUUUACACGCGGAAGUGAACCAACGGAUAAAGCGAUUGAUGAAUGGCAUUUUUGCAACCCGAAUAUUUAA